GUCCCUGCAGCGGAGCGCUGCGACCUUCCGUGUAUGCGGAGACUUCCUCAUCGGGCGCCGAGAAGUGACUGUGACUAGUCCUCGGCGUGUUGAAACUACCUGAUAGUUAAUGCGCAGGGUUAGUUACUUUGUCACUCAUUUCCAGAGCAUGACAGCGCUAACAUUUGGGAUAACAUUCGUGCGACAUGGGGAAACACAGUACAAUAAAGAUGGCCUGGUACAAGGCCAGGCUAUAGACUCACCCUUGUCCGAGAUCGGGCUGCAGCAGGCCGAGGCUGCGGGCCGGUACCUGAAGGAUGUCAAAUUCAGCAAUGUGUUUGUCAGUGAUAUGCUGCGGGCCCGGCAGACCGCCGAGAUGAUUAUGAAACACAACAGCAGUUGUUCUAAUCUACAAAUGGCAUGUGACCCUUUACUUAAGGAAGUGAGCUUUGGGAUAGCUGAGGGGGGACGAAUGCAGGACUUAAAAGACAUGGCCAAGGCAGCUGGUCAGACGUUUCCAGGCUUCACCCCUCCAGAGGGAGAGACUCAGGAACAGGUGAAAGAGCGGGUCAAAAAGUUUUUAGAGAAAAUGUUCCAGCAAAUCCAGUCCGAACAUUGGCGUGAAAACUCCUUAUCUGCAACACCAGAACCAUCUCCUGUGGAGGGAAAGGCAGACGACGGGAUGAAGGGUGUCCCUGUCCACGCCAUGGUAGUCACCCACGGGGCCUACAUGUAUAUGGUAAUGCGCUACUUGGUGGAGGACUUAGAUUGCCCCUUACCUCAGGGUUUUGACAAAGCACUUAUGUUCUCUGUAAGUCCUAACACGGGCCUCUGUCGGUUUAUACUAACCUUGGGAAAAGAGGAUGACACUUUCAAAUUGUCAGGGAUCCGCUGUGUGUUCAUGCACAGGGGGGACCAUAUUAAAAAGUAGGAGCUGGAUGUGCUCCAGAGACUCAGAGAAAGUUUACAAUUUAGAUUGUUUUAUUUAUGGGCUCUGUAUUUAUUUUACAUUUGGUCACUUUAAAAUAUAGUUUAUUCUCAUUUUUACUUGAUGGAUGAACAAUGAAGUUUAUCCUUCUAGUUCCUUGUAAGCAUGUUAUGACAAUUGAAUAGUGAAAGAAAACUGUAGGGCAAGUAUUGUAUUGUUAGGUAUUGUUUAUUACUGUGUAGUUUACCAGUGGCAAUACCUUUUCAGAAAACAUUGUGUACCUAAAUUAAAUUAAUUCAUAUUACAAGUCUCAAAUCAUAAAGAUAGCAAUCAAAUAACACAUAUAAUGCAUCUUCAUUAUUUUAUACAAUGACUGUCAAUAAAAGUUAGUUUUCAUUCAGGAUUUGAAUGCUGUUUCAUGAUUUGAGCACCUUCAUUUCACCUCAAAUGGAUGAUUUGUGUUGCAGGACAAUGUCAUCAUUACUUUGUGACAGUGUGGUUGUUCAUUACAGUAAAUGUGGGCAGCUUUGUGCUAUAAUGAGUCUGUGUUUCUAUAUUUAACCUCCAGGAGUUCAUAAAUUGUGCGUAGGUACACAGAGCGGAACUGCAGGAAUGUUGACGUUUUGGAAAUAAGUGACUCUUUCAUUGUUGUGAAUUAACACUUCGGUCAACAAGGACAAAUGCAUGCCAAGACCUAGUGUUUUUAACUGUAGUGUGCGUGUGACUGAUUCUCUACUGCAGUUUUUCACUCCACUCUCAGGGUCGGACAGGACUUUUUUUGAGAGGCAAACAUCAUUUCCUCAUCAUCAUAAUUAAGAGAUUGUACAUCAUGUGACUGUUGAAGUGGAUUGUAUUACAAAACAUUUCACAGAUUGAACCCAUGUUGUUCAUAAAGCUAUUGCAUGUUCCUGUAUCAUAGCAGCAUCUGUGGAGACUUGCCAACAGCGAUAUGAGAUGUCUUUUUCUGAUAAAACUCCCUAAAAAGCC